AUGCAAAGGAGCACGCUUUUUACCAGCGUGUCACUUGUAUUACUCGUGGUGGCAUUUGCCUUUCUGAUUUUGGGUGUGGUGACGCUGCCCAUUUCGUCCUCGCUCAAACUUGGCUCAACUCCCGAUUAUACUUUUGGUAUCUUCGGCUACUGUCACAAGAACAAGUGUUCUUCGUCCCUGUACCCUGUGUCGUUUGGAGACAUUGACAAGAACGAAAACUGGCUUCUCACCGCUAGUACAAGAAACACCUUAUCCAAGGGUUUUAUCAUUUCUCCAAUCUCUUGCGGACUUGUCUUCUUGGCGUUAAUCUUUACCUCUGCAUCGCUUUUCGUGCAGCAUUCCCUCAUCAAGAUCUUUUCACUUGUAUUUGGAUUCAUUAGCUUCGUCGCAUUGACGGUAACUGGUGUUUUCGUUGUGCUUGUGUUCUAUCCUCACGUUGCUUGGACAGGGUGGAUUUUGAUUGCCGCCGCCGCUUUGGCGUUAGCUGCGCUUCCCUGUCUCUUUUUCUCCAUUGGUGUCAAAGAAUCAGUGUCUCAAGAUGACGAGAGCGAAAACAGCGCUUUCGGUGGCUAUGGCAAAAUUGACAACGACACCAGUUUUACAAGUACCACGUUGAUGAAGCAGAAUUCUGACUCAAAAGUACAGUUCAACGGCCCAGUCACGACUGCUUAUGGAGAAAACGCCAGCAGCUUCUCUAAUGAGUACAGUUAUCGCGGUAUGACUGGUGGUGGCGGAUACGACGUGACUAAGAAUGACUCGCAGACCAGCUUGUUCAAUUCUAAACCAAAUGAUGCAAAAGAUUUCACGAAACAGCGGCCGACUGCUCCAUCGCUUAACCUUAACGGUAGCACCACGAGCUUUUAUGGCGACCUGAAAAUGAAUAUGCACGAGGUUCCUCGUACCCCGAUCUCAGCUAAACAGAAGAUGGCACCUCACUUAGUGCCAAAUUCGGCUGUCACCUCCAACUCUCAUCUUCCAGAUAAUACGGCCUUGCCUUAUCCACCAUCCGAGUCUACAAUUACACGUCUAGAUUCAGCCAAGUAUGGUGUUUUCGACCACCAUCCUGAGGUGGAAGGCCACAAGCCGUUCACAGAGUUGGACGAUUCCGAGUUGAACGACCAAGAAUCAGAAACUCUUCCUCAACCGCAAGAUUCAGAUGACGACUCUGAUUUUACCAGUGUUUCGCAACGGCCACCAAAUGUUGAUUUCCCUGGUUACUAUCAACAGGCACCACAACAUCAGCCUUACGCCCAGCAUUAUCAGCAACCGUAUCCGCAACAGGCAUAUCAGAUCAGGCCUAACCUUUCCGAGCCUAUACAACUGCCGCAACAGUCAUCCUAUUAUGGUUCUGACGGGAGCAGCGCAAAUCGCGGCUAUUACCAGCAACCACAAGGUCAGCGUCCACCUCAGCCACCGCAGCAUUACCAGCAGUUUGCUCCUCAGGGCUACGGGGGUCGAUCAGCACCUUUCCAACCACGGCCCGUGCCACAGAGCAAGCCUCAUGGCCCUACCAUUUCUGAUAGCGUGUUGAACAACAACCCCGAUUUUGCCCUAGGCGCAGGAGGCAGACGUAAGUUUGUUCCAGUUGCUGCCCGGAAUAACGCAAGCAACAGACCAGCAAGAAGUGGAGCGCGUGAUGGACCCUACGGGAUGAUAGGCUAA